GAAAUUGGGAAAUUAAAACUUUUUGAGAAAUAAAAAAAUGGUUGAAAUAAAUGCAGUUUUGGAGAAGUUUUACAAUGACUACGUCAGCAAGACGCCUAAGAAAUUGAAAGUGGUUGAUAUUUAUCUUGGAUAUAUAUUAUUAACCGGCAUAAUUCAGUUCGUUUAUUGUUGUAUGGUUGGCACUUUUCCCUUUAAUUCGUUUCUUUCUGGAUUUAUAAGUACUGUAAGCUGCUUUGUGCUGGGAGUGUGCUUAAGAUUGCAAGCGAACCCACAAAACAAGAACGUGUUUGUAGGUAUUUCUCCGGAACGUGGAUUUGCAGAUUUCAUUUUUGCCCAUGUAAUUUUGCAUUUGGUUGUAAUGAACUUCAUUGGAUAAAAAUAAAACAUUAAUAAAUAAACUA